UUCUUAACAGCCCAGCCCCCAGAUUCUUAUAAAGGAGGAUAAUAGCAAGAACCUACACAAUCAUUUAGCUUCUGAGCAGCUGGGCUCAACAACAUGGCUUUUCCUUGGCAAUUGUCUGCCCUCAUCGUGGUACUGGGUAUCACAGCUUAUGACUGUCGUCCUCGAGGCCGUAUCCUGGGUGGAAAGGAGUCACUGCCCCAUACCAGGCCGUACAUGGUGUCUUUGCAGCUGGAUGGGAUACACAGAUGUGGGGGGCUCCUGAUCUCUGAUCAAUGGGUGCUAAGUGCUGCACAUUGUGCCCCAGACAAGAUUAAUGAGACCCUGAAUGUGGUCUUGGGGUCUCACUCUAUGAAAAAUAGUGAGGCAUCUCAGAUAGAAUAUCAAGCUGAGAACCAGAUCCUACAUCCCUUAUACAACACUAGCACCAAGCACAAUGACCUGCUUCUCCUGAAGCUUCCUGUAAAGGUCCCUCUGAGCCCUGCAAUACAGCCUCUACCUUUCCAAAGACAGGAUAUCGAGGUCCCUAAAGGAACACUGUGUCGUGUGUCUGGCUGGGGACACAUAAAGCUGACUGGAUUGAGGCCUGACAAUCUACAUGAGGUGGAGGUCCCAGUGAUUAGCAGAGAAGUUUGUAAUGGCCGGACCUAUUAUGAUGGGAGGAUCACUGAGAAAAUGAUGUGUGCUGGCGAGUCCAGGAAGGACUCCUGUGAGGGAGACUCUGGGGGACCUCUGGUGUGUAACAAUAUAGCGGAAGGUAUUGUGUCUGGGGGGUUUCGCAAAUGUGGCAGAGCCAAUCGUCCAGGAAUCUACAGUCGCAUAGCUCCAUAUGUAUCAUGGAUAGAUGAAACCAUAAAUAAUGGAACCCAGCUCAAGGCCACCACUGCCGCACCAUCAUGAACCAACACAGCAAUGACGCUCAUAGAUAAAGCCACACUCCAAUAAUCAUAUUAUCCUGUUUAUUAUUAUUAUUAAUAAUAAUAAUAAUAAUAAUAAAAGCUUCCAUGUGAUAAAUGGGACAUUGGAGUGUAUUUUUGAUCUGAUAGAUUCAUCUAAAAAAACCUUAUUUUAAAAUAUAUAUGGGAAAAUGGUAUUCCUUAAAUGUAUGUUUGGCUUUAUGUCUGUGGAGGUGUGUCCUGGUCUACCAGUAGGGUUCUGGGAGUUAUCCUUAUCAGCCAGUUACAAAUCCCUAGGGAUAAGUUGUACAUUAAAGGGACAGUAAACACCAUGAGAUUUUUAUAUAAAAUGUUUAGUUAUAAUAAUGAUUAAUUAUUUUCGAUUUUUUUAUCUUAAGCUAAUUUAGCUCUGAAAAUUGAGCCAUUUCUCAGAACAAAAAAUGGACCCUGCUGACUUUUUAACUGAUAACAAAUGCAAAACUAGUCACUUUAUACUAACUUUAUAACUUUAUAAGUUUAGUCUGCAGACUAAAGCCCAGCUUGGCUCCUCCAAAUAAAGCAAAAGGUGGGUGGAGUUUGGCUGUUGUUAAAUAAUUGAAGUAAAAGGAUGUUAACCCCUUUGUGCCGGUACUAUAGUGUUUACUGCCCUAUUAACAUGCACUUCAAGUAAAUGACUAUUAAAUACAAUUAAAUUGCAUAAUCAACAAAUGCAUAAUAACAAGAGAAUGCAAUAACACUUACUAGGAAUUUUAAAUAAGCAGUAUAUUUAUUUCUGACAAAUGUAAAAAUGUACUUUAAUUUGACGGCCCCCUGUAUCAUGUAUUAGCCAAUCAUAGACUCGUAUACAUAUUCACUGUGAAUUCUUACACAGGCUCAGUAGAUGCUGGUGCCUCAUACAGUGUGCACAUAAAAAGACAAUGGAAGUAAAUUAAACAGUCUCUUAAAACUACAUGUUCUAUCUGAUUCAUGAAAGUUUAAUUUAGACUUUAGAUCCCCUUUAAUUGCUGCUCUUUCUUAUACUUAAUUGAACUGCUCUACUGUAAUGUUCAAUUAAAUGCACAUUAAACACCUGUUACAUUUGUGUA